UGAAUUUAGUUAGAAUUCUUCAGCAAAACCAAACUGGAGAGGUUGAAACGACGCGUCUUUCGAUCGGCUUAGAUUUACGCGUUUAUCAAUUAAUUUUCUUGCAUAAACUGUGCCCUUUCUGUGUGUGGUGGAUGUGUGAGUGGUACUCUUUUCUCUUGGACUGUGCCAUUAGACGCAUUGCAUAUUUGGAUUUACCGAGCAGCCAACAACUAAUUCACAGCUGGUUCCUUGCAGUAUGAAACGAGUUCGAGCUAUACAUUCCAGCAAAGAACCAACAUGAGUCAACGAGAUGAAGUUCAAAAAUUCGAGCAAGGCCGUAUCAAAGUCCUUCAGGAGGAACGUCUGCACAUCCAGAAGAAAACAUUCACAAAAUGGAUGAACUCAUUUUUAACCAAGGUUCGCAUGGAAGUAGACGACUUGUUCGUCGAUCUAGCCGAUGGAAGGAAACUGCUGAAACUCUUAGAAAUCAUAUCGGGUGAAAAACUAGCGAAACCCAACAAUGGCCGGAUGCGAGUACACAAAAUUGAAAAUGUGAACAAAAGUUUAGCCUUCUUGCACACAAAAGUCCGAUUAGAAAGUAUAGGAGCUGAAGAUAUUGUAGAUGGAAACCCCAGACUUAUUUUGGGCUUAAUAUGGACCAUUAUUCUGAGAUUUCAAAUACAAGAAAUUGAAAUUCAGUUGGAUGAAGAAAAUGAGAGUUCCGAGAGAAAGUCUGCGAAAGAUGCUCUCCUUCUUUGGGCGCAGCGAAAGACUCAUGGUUACAACGGCGUCGAAAUCAAAGAUUUCUCCGGCUCUUGGAGGACAGGGUUGGGCUUCAACGCCCUCAUCCAUGCCCACAGACCCGAUCUUUUCGAUUAUAAUAGUUUGGUUGGAAAUAAAAACAUCGACAACCUGAACCAUGCCUUCGACGUAGCCAAUAAUGAACUGGAAAUACCCAGCUUGUUGGAUGCUGAAGACAUUGAUACAUCCAGACCAGACGAGAAAAGUAUUAUGACCUAUGUUGCUUCAUAUUAUCAUACAUUUGCACGCAUGAAGAAUGAAGAGAAGAGUGGCAGACGAAUUGCAAAGAUUGUAAGCCAAAUGGUAGAUGCUGAUAAAAUGAAAGGCAACUACGACCAUUUAACCACAGACCUGUUGGACUGGAUAAAUUUGAAAAUUGUUGAAUUAGAAGACCGAAAGUUUCCCAAUAGUCUAGAGGGAAUCCAAAGUCUUCUAUUGGCAUUCGGCCAGUACAGAACCCAUGAAAAACCACCAAAGUACAAGGAAAGAAGCGAAAUUGAGGCUCUUUACUUUAACAUUAACACACAGCUGAAAGAGUUACGGCAGCCCAUGUUCAACCCAGCGGAUGGAAAAUUGGUGCAAGACAUCGAGCGAGCAUGGGACGUGUUGGAGAAAUCCGAACACAAAAGAGAGGUGGCAUUAAGAAAUGAACUGCUUCGACAACAGCGCUUGGAACAGCUCAACUAUAAAUUCGAGAAAAAGAGCAUUCUGAGAGAAGGGUAUUUGAAAGAGAUGAUUCAAGUGCUAUCAGACCCUCGAUAUGGCUCCAACUUGGCCCAAGUAGAAGCCACUGUAAAGAAGCACGAAGCAAUAAGCGCGGAUAUUUUGGCUAGAGAAGAGCGUGUGCAUGACUUGACCCAAAUGUGUAACGAACUGACUCGAGAAAAUUACCGAAAUUCCGACAAAGUCAUAGCUAGAGAAGCUGAAAUACUGCAACAAUGGAAAGAUCUCAUUGCGCUUCUAGAAAAACACAAAGCUAAUCUAAACAGAAUGGGAGCGGUUAUGGCCAUCCUUCGGGAAAUUGACACCACUCUAGCUAGCAUUGAUCAGUUGAAAGCGGACCUAUCAUCGACAGAUAUUGGAAUUCAUCUAAUGGCAGUAGAAGAUUUAUUACAGCGACACUCACUUCAAGAACUUCAAGUUUCCAGCCUAGGUGAAAGUGAGCGAAAAUUAAUUCGAACCGGAGAGCAAAUCGCUGCCCAAAACCCCAAGGAAGCGGAUAUUGUGAAGAAAAAAUUGGCAGAUCUUUCAAUAGCCUAUCAAGAGCUUAAGAGCGUAAGUGCCCAAAGGAAAGCCAUUCUGGAAGAAGCGCGAAAUUUCUACCAGUUCAUUCAAGACCAAGAAGAUGAAGAAGCUUGGCUCAUUGAGAAGCAGAGAAUUUGCCAAGCUGGAAUCACCGCCAAAGACCUUAGAGGGGUGUUAUCGUUGCAACAGAAGCACAAAGUGCUGGUGGAUGAAAUAAAGCGGAGACGAAAUAAGUUCGAUCAACUCGGAGCUACAGGAAAGCAGCUGAUCAAUGAAAAUCAUCCAAGAGCUGUAGAAAUUGAUCAACACAUGGACAGGAACAAAAAAGCGUGGGAACUCGUCGAAAAACUAGCCCUAGAAAGGACGAAACAGCUCCAGGAUGCUGCAGAAGCGUAUCAAUUUUAUGCUGAUGCCAAUGAGGCCGAGUCUUGGUUUUUGGAAAAGGAAUCAAUCCUAACUUCAAAAGAUCUCGGAUCUGACGAGCCCAGCGCUACUGCUUUAUUGCAAAGACACAAAGAUCUGGAAGGCGAACUCAACGCAUAUCAAGGCGAUAUUCAGAGUCUGAACUUGCAGGCCAGCCGACUUAUUGAAGUGGGUAUUUCAAAUCUGGACUUAAAUGCUGAAGUGGAUGUGGCGGAUAGUAUGGAAGACAUCCAAUACGAAACCAGAAUGAUCGCUACUGAAGUAUUGGUAGACGAACCAGUGGAAAAAAUUGAAUACCGAAACAUAGUUGAGGAAAGAAAAGUGCCUCAGGUCCGAGCCUUAUACCAAUUUAAGGAUCACGGCCUUACCAUGGUUAAAGGCGAAGUUAUGUUCCUGUUAAACAAGAGCAACCCAGAUUGGUGGUGCGUGAGGAAAGCGGAUGGAACCGAUGGCUUUGCUCCGGCCAACUACUUGAUUGAAAUUGAGCCGAGAAUAAUUCAAGUAACUGUACGCAAGCCUGAAACAGUCAAAUCCAUCCAAAAAGUGAAGAAAACGCAAAUGGUGAAAACCAAAGUUCCAGUCAAAGUUCGUCGGCCUCGACCCGCUAAAAGGAAGAUGGAUGAUAACAACAGCGUACCAAAAAGACAGAAGCAACUCAAUGAUACCUAUGCCAGGCUCAAAGAAAUGGCAGUUUUAAGACGAGCUUUAUUGGAGGAUUCUAUACGAUUGUUUAGCUUCUAUCGGGAAUGCGAUGAUUUCGAAAGAUGGAUCAAGGAUAAGGAGAAGUUGCUGGCUGUUGAAGAUCCCAACGAUAGUGUUUUGCAAGCUAAGAGGAAAUACGAGAAAUUUGUAACGGACCUAUCAGCUAGCACAAGACGAAUGGACGACCUUGAAAGAGAAGUAAAAGAAUUUGAGAAACAAAACCACUCUCAAAUCAACAGCGUUCGCGCUAGAUUCCGCCAAGUCCAAGUAGCAUGGCAGAAACUAAACAGACUAAAAGCGACCAAAGAAAAGAGCCUUGAAGGUGCCAGUAGUGUUGAGCUCUACAAUAAGCUCUGCGAAGAAGCUAGAGACUGGAUGCUCGAAAAAAUGAUGCAGCUAGAAGGUGCUGUGUUAGGGCACGAUUUGAAAACUGUACAAGCAUUGCAAAGAAGACACGACAACCUGGAAAGGGAGCUGGCUCCAGUUGAGGAGAAGGUUAACAAAGUUAUGCUGUUGGCGAAUGAUGUUCAAGGCCAGUAUCCGUCAGAGAGGCACAAUGUGUCCCAAAAACAAAGUGAAAUCGACGAACUAUGGGCUAAAGUCAAGGAGAAGGCUAUAGAGCGAAGAGCUCGCUUGGAAGAUGCCGUGGGUCAGCAAAUAUUUACAAAUGGAGCUAAGGAGCUUCUGAAAUGGGUGGCCGAAGCUAAAGAAAAACUGAAUGCUGAUAAUUUGGUCAAAGACGUGCAGACCGCUCACGCAUUGAUUAAAGAUCACCAGGACUUGAAAGAUGAAGUCGAAACUAAAGACGACGAAUUCAAACAACUUAUUGAUUUGGGGCGGAAACUUCUAAAGACAAAUCCAGAACUUCACGAAGUUCGAAAUUUGAUUGAUCGUCUCGAAGCCGAACAAGCUGCAAUAGCGCGAGGAUGGAAAGAAAAGGAACAUUGGCUGCAGCAAUGCCUCCGAUUGCAAGAAUUCAAUAAAGAAGCCGACAAUAUUGAUGCGGUUACCUCAGCUCAUAUGGCCUUUUUGGAGUUUUCUGAUCUUGGCAAUUCGCUUGAUGAAGUGGAAGCCUUUCAAAAGCAGCAUCGAGCAUUUACUAACACAUUGUCAGCACAGGACGAACGACUUGCGGCCUUUGCAAAGCGUGCAGAUGUGUUAAUUAGUGAGCAACAUUAUGAUAGCCAAAGCAUUGCAAAUCGUCGUGAUCAAGUACUUGAAAGAAGACAGGCAGUAAAAGCAGCCUGCCAACAAAGAGCUAACGCAUUAGAUGCAGCUAAAAAUUACCAAGAAUUCUGUGCUGAGGUCGAGGAUCUCAAAGUGUGGCUCGCAGAAAAGCAAAAAACUGCCUCCGAUGAAAGUUACCGCGAUCUGAACAAUCUUGAACGCAAGCUCCAAAAGCACAAAGCUUUUGAAAGAGAACUUGGAGCUAAUGAAGGCCAGUUACGCAGCGUUUCGAAAUUGGGCUCAGCUUUGAUUGCUCAAGACAGUCAACAUAAAGACGAUGUGGGCGCUAUUGUUCAACAGUUAAAUGACUCCUGGAAAAACCUUGUUGGAGUAUCAUUAGAGAAAGGAAAACGCCUGAAACAGGCAGAGGCCCAAGAUAGCCAUAAUGCUGCUGUAGACGAUGUUAAAAUCAGAAUUUCUGAAAUUAGAGAUACCCUGAGAAGCUCAAACGUUGGUGUAGAUCUUCGAUCAUGUAGAGACUUGCUGAAGAAACAAGAAGCUCUAGAAUUAGAACUGCAUCAAGUUGAGAUAAGGGUGAACGACUUGGUUACUCAGAGCCAUGACAUGAGCGAUGACGGCCACUUUGACUCAGAAGCUAUACGCAACAAUUCCUUGGCCAGUUACCAACGGCUGAAGGAAUUGGACGGACCCACCAAAGCUCGGCGCGCAGCAUUAGAAGAAGCUCUGAGAUUUUACAAGUUUAGUUUCGAAAUCGACUCAGAAAUGCAGUGGAUCAAGGAGCACAUGCCUCAAGCCACUUCCGAAGACGUACCCAACAGUCUACAUCAGGCUGAAAGUUUCCAUAAAAAGAACAAAAAAUUACAGGCCGAAAUUGUUGGACAUCAACCUGUGGUUGAUAAAGUUUUCGAGCUUGGUCAAAGUUUGGUUAAUCAGAGACAUCCUGAGAGUGGCAGUAUCAAGAGAUUGUGUGACGAACUGCGGUCCGCUUGGGUAGGGUUGGAAGAAAGCGCUGCCAAAAGAGCCACACAACUGGACCUGUCCCUUAAAGCUCAACAGUACUUCUUUGAAGCGAGCGAAAUUGAAUCGUGGCUUACUGAAAAGGCAAACAUUCUGGACAGCAAUGAUUAUGGAAGAGACCGAGAUUCAGCCACUAAACUUUUAACGAAACACAAAGCUUUAGAACUUGAACUGGAUACUUAUAACAAUAUUAUAUCGGAAAUGGGACAUGGGGCUCAAGCCAUGAUAAAGUCUGGUCAUCCAGAAUCGAAACUGAUUGCGGAAAGACAAUCCAGUUUGGAACAUCUCGUUAGAUUGCUCCAAAGGAAAGCAGCCAUUAGACAACACAGGCUAAUGGAAUCGUUAUUUGGACAUGAGUAUUUCGUUGAAUCUGGGGAAUUGGAAUCCUGGAUUGCGGAGAAUGCUUUGCAAGCGUCGUCGGCCGAUUAUGGUCAAGAUUACGAACAUUUAUUGCUUUUGAAGAGUAAAUUUGAUGAUCUCAAGCACCGCAUUGAAGCUGGAUCGGAACGAUACAAACAAUGUGAAACUCUGGCUCAGAAACUUUUGGCUAACGAAAGCCCAUACAGCACAGAUAUUCAAAAUAAGCAAAAUCAACUCGAAGAUGAUAGUAUCCCUUCAGAGGCGUGCCGUGAGGUGCAGGAAAAACAUCAACGGAUCAGACAAUCAUGGGAUAACCUGCACGUCCAAAUUAAAAAUCGAGAAGAACGCCUGAAUGCGGCUGGUGAAAUUCACCGUUUCCACCGAGAUGUAGCUGAGGCAUUGCAACGUAUUCAAGCUAAAAUUGCUGCUUUAGGAAACGAUUUGGGUCGCGACCUAAACUCAGCCAUUGCACUAUUCCGAAAGCAUGAGACCUUCGAAAACGAAUUGGUUGUUUUAGAAGCACAACUGCAGUUCCUUGUUGAAGAUGCCUCAAAGCUUCAAAAAAUUUACCCGACAAAUAAAAACAAAAUUCAACAGCAACAAGCUUUGGUGGUUGAGGCUUGGAAUGGCCUAAAAGAACGGGCAGAUUUGCGUAAGGAUCAACUUCAAGCCAGUGUCGAUUUGCAGAAAUUCUUGGCACAAGUGAGAGAUUUGACGAAUUGGGCGACGAACCUCAGAUUAUCUUUGACUGCAGAAGAGCAUGUGAGGAGCGCUGCUCGAGCUCAAGUGCUUAAAAGCGAACACGAAGCUUUGAAGGGCGAAAUUGAGGCCAGAGAAACCGAUUUCCAAAGCGCAAGCGAUAAUUUGGCUGCAAUGGAACAAACAGGCCAUUAUGCUGCAGCUGAAGGCGUUGAAAGAUACAAGGUGUUGAUCCAAGAACGUGAGAAACUCCAUACAGCUUGGCAGCUCAAAAAGAUCCAUCUGGAUCAGCUAUGUGACUUGCAUAUUUUCCUGAGAGAAGCCAAGUUGUUGGAAGAUGCCACUAAUGUUCAAGAAGCUGCGCUAAGUCACUUAGAUUUUGGCGAAACUGUUGAAGAAGUUGCCAACCAACUGAAAAAACAUGAUGCGUUUGAAAAACUAGUCGUCCAUCAAGAUAAAAACCUGGAAGCUUUAAUUCAAUCUGGGAAUAAGCUACUUAAACAGAACCACUAUGAUAGUCAGCAAAUCGCCCAAAAACUAGCAGAUAUUCAAGCGAAACGCAAUCGAAUCCACCAGUUAUGUGGGCAAAGAAAUCAGCUACUUCAAGAUGCGCUGUUGUAUGCUGAGUUUGUUAGAGACGUAAGCGAAGCAAUGACCUGGAUUGCAGAGAAGAAGAAAAAAAUGGACAUUGAAGGAACAAUGAAUGAUAACAUCAAUUUGGAGGAAAAAAUCAAAAUACUCCAGAAACACCAAGCUUUCCACGCUGAGGUAACUGCCAACAUUAGCAGGAUCGAAGAAGUCCAAGGUAACGGGCAGAAGCUGAUUAAUAAACGACACAAGGCCAGUCCCGAAAUUCAAAAACAACUCAAUGACCUGCAACGAGUAUGGGCUAUGUUCAUCCAAGAAGUUAAUCUUAGAAACCGAGGGCUUGAAGAAGCCCAAGAUAUCCUUGCCUUCACCAACUUGCUUGAAAAACUCGAAGCGUGGAUCCGAGUUAAGGAAGUUAUGAUUCAAGCAGGCGACACUGGAAGGGACUACGAACAUUGCCAACUUCUUCAGCGCAAGUUAGACGAUGUUGAUACUGACAUGAAAAUCGAUGACGCUAAAAUUAAAAGCAUCAGCACUUUGGCCGAUAAACUAGCAAGGCAAGGCCAAACCGGAGUAAUCGAAAGACGCGAUGCUUUCAUUGCAAAGUGGCAUUCGUUGCAAGGCGCCUUAAACAACUACAGAAUGAAGUUGGCAGCAGCCUUGGAAAUCCACUUGUUUGACCGAGAUGUUUCUGAUACCAUAGAACGCAUUCAAGAAAAAUGCAAGUCAAUGGAAGUCGACGACGUUGGCAAAGACCUGGCCGCAGUCGAACUGCUCCAAAGAAAGCAGGAUGCAUUGGAAACAGAAAUUUCAGCAGUAGAAUCAAAAGUGCAUGACGACCAUCAAGUCGUUGCUGUGGCGCUUAGUCAAAAGUAUCUUCAGAACGCAAGUCAUUUACAAGAGAAACUUUCAAUAGUCCAGUCGUUACUGAUCCAAUUAAAUGCAGCAAAACACGCAAGAAGAGAAAUGCUGGAACAUGCGUACUUUCAAGAGAGAUUCAAAGCGGACGUGAAAGCUCUCGAUCUGUGGGUUAGUGAAACUAUCAAAAGAAUGGAAGGUUAUGAUAAGUCAAACAGUAUAUCUGACGCCGAAGCUCAUUUAGAACUUCACAAUGAACUCCGUGCAGAAAUUAAAGGGCGGUACGAUGCCUUCCAAAGCUUAAUUCAAAAAGGACAAAGUUGUCUGCAAAAGGAUUCACCUGAAAUAAUUGAUAACGUUGCAAAACUGCAGCAACUGCAGGCAAGUAUUACUAGUGCCUGGGAGCAAACUCAGCUGGAACUGGAACAUGAAUAUAACAUCCAAGAUUUCAAAGAGCAAGCAAAUCAACUAAACAAUUGGCUGGCCACUAAAGAAGCCUUCCUUAAUAACGACGACGUAGGCGAUACUCCCAGAAGUGUAGAAACUCUUUUAAGAAAGCACGCGGACUUCGAAGCCAUGCUGGAAAAACAGUUGGUAAGAGUCGAUGAAAUAUCAAUAGUGGCGAAUAAAAUUACGUCGGUAAAACCCAGCUCUGAAGUAUCAAGUAAACUGAAUGCAAUCAUUGUCCGCAAAGAUCGUUUGCUGUCCAAAGCAGCUGAGCGCAAAGUGAUUCUGAAUAAGUCCAAAGCGUUGCAGCAAUUCCUGCAUAAUGUGAAUGAUGUGGAAAUAUGGUUGAGUCAGAAACUAUCCAUAGCUGCAGAUGAAAAUUACCGAGAACCCAGCAAUCUCCAAAAUAAAAUUCAAAAGCACGCCACAUUUGAGGCGGAGGUGAUUGCAAGUGGCGAACGCAUUCAAAACGUUGUAGAAGAAGGAAAAGAACUUAUAGCUGCCGACCAUUAUGCAGCUAAAGAAAUCGGUAUUCGAUUGGACGAGCUAGAAAAUGAUUGGAAACAUUUGCUGGAACUGUCCAACCUGAAACGCGAUAGGCUUAACGAGGCUUAUCAAGCCCUAUUAUUCAACAGAUCCUUGGAAGAAUUCGAGGCUUGGUUGAAUGACGUUGAAGAUCAAGUGCAUUCCAUUGAAACAGGAAAGGAUUUGGCCACAGUAAAUACGUUACUCAAACGCCACACCGCUCUUGAAAACGACAUUCAGCAACACACUGAAAAUUGCGAGCAAAUCGACGAUGCAGCCGAGCAAUUUGUUAAAAGCGAUCAUUUCAUGGCCUAUGAAAUCAAGGAAAGCGCGGAUUCAGUGAUCACAAGAUUCCAUCAACUCAAGGAACCUCUUCAGGUGCGCAGAGACAAUUUGGAAUCGUCAAGUACGCUACAUCAAUUCACCCGAGAUGUUGAGGAUGAACUUCAAUGGCUGGCGGAAAGAGAAGUAAUCUGUUCGUCGACGGAUUUAGGACACAAUUUAGCUGCAGUUCAAAGCCUGCAUAAGAAACAUCAAGUAACAGAGGCAGAAUUAGCCGCACGAGAACCGAUAGUAGCCAGUCUGGCUUCGAGGGCAUCUAACUUGACUAGAUCUAAUCAUCCAUUGGCGCAUCUCAUCAAGGAAAAAGCGGACCAGGUUAAGUCGCAACUGACCCAAGUCAAAGACUUGGCGAGUAUUAGAAAACUUCGAUUGCAAGAUGCGCUUGAAGCUCAGAUGUUCUACCAAGAAGUCACUGAAGCACUCACUUGGAUAAAAGAGAAACGACCCUUUUUGUCUACCAAAGAAGUUGGUAAAGAUGAGGAUACCGCGCAGUCAUUGCAAAGGAAAUUAGAAGCCUUGACUUUAGAAGUUCAAUCUUUUCAGCCCAAUAUUGAGAACAUUAAAAAGGCAGCUGAUAGUCUGAUAGAACGCGAACAUUUUGAUUCUGAGAAUAUCGCACAAAAAAAGAUGCAAGUUGAGUAUGAAUUUAACGACCUAAGAAAACUGGUGUCUGAGAGAGAAGUGCGCCUAACUGAAGCCCUUCAAUACUUUGGCUUUAUCCAUGAAUGCAACGACGUCCAGGACUGGAUGCGUGAACAAACGAACAAAGCGGAUUCCGAAGAAUAUGGCAACGAUCUGGAACAUGUGGAGCUUUUGAUUCAAGCCUUCGACACUUUCCAUGCUAGUUUAUUGAAUAGUGAACCUCGCGUUCUUCAAUGCGUUGAGAAUGGAGGUGCGCUCAUUAACGCGAAGAGCAGUUACAGCUCAGAGGUUCAACAAAGAGUGAGCGAGCUCAAAAGCUCUUGGGAUGAUUUGAUUGAAUUGGCCAAUGCCAGGAAAGAAGCUUUGAACGGUGCUAAGCAAGUUCACUUGUACGAUAGAACUGCUGAGGAAAUAAUAUCAUGGAUUCAAGAGAAGGAAUCAGACCUUAUUUAUGGAGCGUAUGUACAAGAUUCUGAAGCUAUCGAGCAAUUGAUUCGCAAACAUCAAUCACUGGAAACUGAAAUAAAAGCCAUCAGAGAUCGAGUUGACUUCAUUAUCCACGAAGGUGAUAGAUUAGUGACCGAAUUUCCGGACACCAAGGAACAUAUCGAUGAUAAGAAAGAAGACACGCUUUCGGCUUGGGAGGACUUACAGCUUAAAGUCGAACGGGAAAGGGAAUACCUCCAACAAAGUGAACAGCUGCAGUCCUACUUUGAUGAAUAUCAAGAACUUCUAGCAUGGAUCAAUGAAAUGCUGGCAAAAAUCACCGCGCCAGAUCUACCCCAGGACUGUUCUGAAGCCGAACACCUCAUUCUCAGGCACAAAGACCACAAAUCUGAAAUAGACAGUCGGCUGCCGGUAUUUUCGCAAUUCUACAACAACGGAAAUGCAUUCAUGACUAAUAGUCAUCCUCUUUCACGUGAUAUCGAGGACAAAAUCAAUAUCCUUCAACAGCGCAUGGAGCUGUUGAUUAACAUUUGGCAUCAAAGAAGCAUCAUCUACGAUACGAACUUGGAUGUUCAACUCUUUAAAAGAGAGGCUAACAUUUUAGAGAGUUGGUUAGUUCUUAGGGAGGAUAUGCUGAGGGAUGGUAAAGUUGGCGACAGUAUUCAACAGGUGGAAGAAUUAAUUAGGAAACACCGCGAUUUUGAGGAAACUGUUAAAGCGCAGCAAGACAAAUUCGAAGCAUUGAAACGAAUGACCAUACUUGAAGAAUCGUUUGCCCAGCAACUGAAGCAGGAGGAGCUGGCAAGGAAGGCAGAGAAAGAACGCUUGGAGCAAGAGAAACUGGAGAAACGUAAAAGAGAGGAAAUGGACCGGAUCAGUAAAUUAAGACGACAGGAAUCUGGUGAACGAGAACCUCGUUACUCUGAAAUUCCAGAAGAACAGCUAAAUGGACAAUCGUCUCACUAUGGUCCGCCUUCAAAUGCCAGUCCACUCCUAUAUGGAACUUCACCAUCAAGUCCAACCUCUACUAAUACGUCUUAUCCGGUUCCAGCUAUGAGAGUAGCUUCACCCCUACCAACCACAGGAACUCCUGUUAUUGGCUUAAGAAAAACAAACUCUGUAGCGCAAAUGUUUGAUAGAGAAAGGAUUCGACGUGGAUCCGACCACGCGGUGAAGAGAGCAGAGAGCAUGAAAGUAGGACCGGGACCGAAGCCAGUGAAACGAACACCAUCUUUUACAACCAGAAGAAAGGGCUCUUUCAAGUCGAAAAAUCCUUAUGUGGUUUUGCCGCCAGUUGAAGCCGAGGCUUUCUUAGAGCGGAAACAGAACCUGCUACCAGGAUCGAAGCGCGCUUCAAACAGAGCCUGGAAGAAUUCGUAUACAGUUUUAUGUGGUCAACUUCUAUGCUUCUUUAAGAACAAAGAUGAUUUUAUUGCUAGUAAGGCUAGCAGUGCCCCACUUACCAUUCACAACGCAUCAUGCUCAGUAGCAGAAGACUACCACAAGAGGAAAUACACCUUUAGGUUGAUAAUAGUGGAUGGUUCUGAGUUUUUGUUCUCUUGCGGAUCAGAAGUCGACAUGAUGGACUGGGUUAACAAGAUAAAAUUUAGAGCUAGAUUGCCACCUAGCCAACAGCUAUUACAUUUUGAUGUUCCAAAGGAAUCAAAUGAUGAAAUUAGUUCUCAGUCAAGCAGGACAUCUAGCCCUGAUGUUGCCGACAGUGUAACUUUAAGGCACGAAACUCAUUCUAAUAACAGUAGCGUGGGAUCGUCCCAGUCCAGCAGACACACCUUAGAGAGCCCUCCACCUCCUUUGCCGAGGACAGAACCACCCAUAAAUUAUGCCGCAAAGCGAUAUACUUACGAAAACAUUGGAAAUUCAUAUGCAGAUAGCUAUGGAAGUGGUUCGAAGCCGAAUUUGUCCCAAAGCUCGCCACCAAGACCAAAUUCCGUUAGUGGACAGGACCAGAAAAUGUCGCAUCGCAUUCGCGAAUUAUUUGGCAGAAAGAAAAGAAAUACACAAAUGUAAUAAAUGUUAGGUAUAUUAUGUAUUGCUUUUGUAGAACCUAGUUAGAUUAAGACGAUUAGUAUUGAUUUAAUUAAUAACGUGUAAUUGUUGCAACUUAUGUGUUUAUAUAAAUGUAGUUUUGUAUAUAAUGAAUGUAAUGUCGUGUUAAAGAUACCAAAUCAAAGUUUAUAGAGUAUUCUAUAUAUUUUUAUUACUUCAAAUAAAUCCGAUUACCAUUG